AUGUCGGCUUUGCAUCUGCGUUUUCUUUUUCUUUCGCUACUCUUACUCUGUUGUGUCUCUCCUUCAAGCUUCUUAAGUAUACCCUCCAGAUUCACUGAUCCGAUUGUUGGUCUUGCUGCUUGUCGUCCCUACCAGAUCAAAGCUUUUACGCAGUUCAAGAACGAGUUUGACACCCGCCAUUGCAACCACAGUGACGACUUCAAUGGAGUCUGGUGCGACAACUCAACUGGUGCGGUCACGAAGCUACAACUCAGGGACUGUCUCAAUGGAACUCUGAAGCCCAACAGUAGCCUCUUCGGGUUUCAUCAGCUUCGUUACCUUGAUCUCUCUCAAAAUCACUUCACCUCCGCUUCAAUCCCUUCCGAGUUUGGAAAUCUCAACAAAUUAGAGGUUUUAUCUCUUUCCUCUAACGGCUUUCUUGGCCAAGUUCCUUCCUCAUUUAGUAACCUCAGCAUGCUUUCCUCGUUAGACCUUUACCAAAACGAGCUCAGUGGUAGUUUCCCACUUGUGCGGAAUCUAAGCAAGCUCACAGGUCUAGACCUUUCCAAUAAUCAUUUUUCUGGAAUACUGAAUCCCAACAGUAGCCUCUUUGGGCUGCACCACCUCCGUUACCUUGAUCUCUGUUUCAACAAUUUCAGUUCCUCACUCUCUUCUGAAUUUGGCAAUCUCAACAAAUUAGAGGUCUUUGUUCUUUCCUCUAAUAGUUUCUUCGGUCAAGUUCCCCCCACAUUUAGUAACCUGACUUUGUUGAGACACUUGUGGCUUGAUCAAAACAUGCUCACUGGUAGUUUCCCACUUGUACAAAAUCUAACCGAGCUCUUCAUUUUAGCACUUUUUCAUAAUCACUUCUCUGGAACCAUUCCUUCUUCUCUCCUCACUAUGCCUUCCUUAACAAUGUUGACAUUGAAUGAGAACCAUCUCACCGGUUCUUUUGAAUUUCCCAAUUCCUCUUCGUCAUCGAAGCUAGUGUCCCUCGAACUUGCCAAUAACCAUUUUGAAGAACAAAUAUUAAAGCCUAUCUCAAAGCUCAUCACCCUCGAAUAUCUAGACCUUUCUUUCCUAAACACAAGCUACCCGAUUGACUUAAGCUUGUUCUCACCUCUGAAGUCUUUGGCAUCCCUCGUUCUUUCCGGAAACAAAAUCUCUCAAGCCAGUUUAAGUUCAGGUUCAAACAUAAUGUUGACCGUGAAAUACUUGACCUUGGAGCACUGCGGCAUCAACAAGUUCCCAAACAUCUUAAGAACCCUUGAGAAGUUGGAAUUGAUAAAUUUAAACAACAAUAGAAUAAAAGGGAAAAUACCCGAGUGGUUAUGGAGACUUCCUCGUCUUAGCGCAGUGUUUUCCGUAAAUAACUCGUUAAAUGGUUUCGAAGGUUCGGCGGAAAUUUUAUUAAAUUCAGCAGUGCGGACAUUAGAUUUGGAGUUAAACAGUUUUGAAGGACCACUUCCGAAUCCACCACUCUCUAUCAAUAUCUUGUCUGUGGCUCACAAUAACUUUACAGGGAAGGUACCUCUUUCAAUAUGCAACCGAAGCUCUCUCGAUGUUCUUUUCUUAUCCUACAACAACUUCAGUGGCCCAAUUCCACAAUGUCUGAGUAAUUUGACAAUUGCGUGUCUCCGGAAGAAUAGCUUGGAAGGAAGUAUUCCUGACGCAUUCUAUGUCGGUACCUCUCUAUUGACGCUCGACGUUGGCUUCAAUCGAAUAACCGGGAAGCUUCCAAGAUCUCUUCACAAUUGUUCAUCUCUAAGGUUUCUAAGCGUUGACAACAAUGGAAUCAAAACACGUUUCCUUUUUGGCUCAAGGGUUUACCAAAUUUGCGUGUCCUUACCCUUCGUUCAAACAAAUUCUACGGUCCUAUAUCUCCUCCUCAUCAAGGUCCACUCGGAUUUCCUGAGCUGCGGAUAUUUGAGAUAA